UGCAGUUUUCAUCCGUUAUGUUGUCAAGUAAAAAGUCAGACCCUGGUUCCUCUUCAUCCUCAUCAUCUUCCUCAUCUGGAGGAGCUACAGGCGAGCGGGCUCCGGAGGCCCCUGCUGUUUCCCAGGCUGGGUCAGCAGCCUCUGCUCCGGGAUCCUCUGAUGUGAAGAAGAAGGAGAGAGCCUCACCAAGUGGGGAACCCGGGGGCCCCCCUCUCCCGCACCCCCCUGGCCCUGGUGGAGUGGACCAAGACUCCGCCCAGGAGCGCAGGACCAGCCGCCGCAAGAGAGCAAAAGUGGAGUACCGUGAAAUGGACGAGAGCCUGGCUAAUCUGUCAGAGGAUGAGUACUACUCCGAAGAAGAGAGGAACGCCAAGGCUGAGAAGGAACGCAAGCAGGUGAUCCCUCCUCCUGCUCCGCCAGUGGAAGAGGAGAACGAUAGCGAACCAGAGGAACCUUCAGGUGUAGAGGGCGCAGCCUUUCAGAGCCGCCUACCACAUGACCGCAUGACCUCCCAGGAGGCCGCAUGUUUCCCUGACAUCAUCAGUGGCCCUCAGCAGACACAGAAAGUCUUCCUCUACAUCCGCAACCGCACACUUCAACUCUGGCUAGACAACCCCAAGAUACAGUUGACCUUUGAAGCUACAUUACAACAGCUUGAAGCUCCUUACAACAGUGAUGCCGUACUAGUCCACAGGAUACACAGCUAUUUGGAGAGACAUGGUCUCAUCAAUUUUGGUAUCUACAAGAGAGUAAAACCCCUACCAACGAAAAAGACAGGGAAGGUGAUUGUAAUUGGUGGCGGUGUGUCUGGGCUUGCAGCGGCUCGGCAGCUUCAGAGUUUUGGGAUGGAUGUGACAGUCCUGGAGGCCAGGGAUCGCGUUGGGGGAAGAGUGGCCACCUUCCGCAAAGGGAACUAUGUCGCUGAUUUGGGAGCGAUGGUGGUGACUGGUCUGGGUGGCAAUCCCAUGGCUGUGAUCAGCAAGCAGGUGAACAUGGAACUGGCUAAAAUCAAACAGAAGUGUCCGCUCUAUGAGGCAAACGGCCAAGCUGGAGAAAGAUGCACAAGUGUGCCCAAGGAGAAGGACGAGAUGGUGGAGCAGGAGUUUAACCGACUACUGGAGGCCACAUCCUACCUCAGCCACCAGCUGGACUUCAACUUCCUCAACAGCAAACCUGUGUCCCUGGGUCAAGCCUUGGAAGUGGUCAUACAGUUGCAAGAGAAGCAUGUUAAAGAUGAACAGAUAGAGCACUGGAAAAAGAUCGUGAAAACCCAGGAGGAACUUAAAGAACUUCUCAACAAGAUGGUAGCGACUAAAGAGAAGGUGAAGGAACUGCACCAGCAGUAUAAGGAGGCCAGUGAGGUGAAGCCACCCAGAGACAUCACUGCUGAGUUCCUGGUGAAGAGCAAACAUCGUGACCUGACAGCACUUUGCAAGGAGUAUGAUGAAUUGACAGAGAUGCAGGUUAAACUUGAGGAAAGGCUGCAGGAGCUUGAGGCAAACCCACCCAGUGAUGUAUACUUGUCAUCACGAGACCGACAGAUUCUUGACUGGCACUUUGCCAACCUGGAGUUUGCCAAUGCUACCCCUCUUUCCACCCUCUCUCUGAAGCAUUGGGAUCAGGAUGAUGAUUUUGAAUUCACUGGCAGUCACCUCACGGUACGUAACGGCUACUCCUGCGUGCCUGUUGCGCUGGCUGAAGGUCUGGACAUCAAACUGAACACAGCCGUCCGACAGGUCCGCUACACAGCCUCAGGUUGUGAGGUGAUUGCAGUGAACACACGCUCCACCACUCAGACGUUCAUCUAUAAAUGUGAUGCUGUGUUGUGCACACUGCCGCUGGGCGUCAUGAAACAGCAGCCUCCUGCAGUGCAGUUUGUGCCACCUUUGCCUGAAUGGAAGACUGCUGCCAUUCAGAGGAUGGGUUUUGGAAACCUCAACAAGGUGGUGCUGUGUUUUGACCGAGUAUUUUGGGACCCCAGUGUGAACCUCUUUGGGCAUGUUGGUAGUACCACCGCCAGCCGAGGAGAGCUUUUCCUGUUCUGGAACCUGUACAAAGCCCCUAUUCUUCUAGCCCUGAUGGCAGGAGAGGCUGCAGGCAUAAUGGAGAACAUCAGUGAUGAUGUGAUCGUAGGCCGGUGCCUGGCCAUCCUUAAAGGCAUCUUUGGAAGCAGCGCAGUGCCUCAGCCCAAGGAAACGGUGGUGACGCGUUGGCGUGCUGACCCCUGGGCUCGUGGCUCCUACUCUUACGUGGCGGCUGGUUCCUCUGGCAAUGAUUAUGACCUCAUGGCCCAGCCCAUCACCCCUGGCCCAGCCAUUCCUGGAGCCUCCCAGCCUGUCCCUCGACUGUUCUUUGCUGGGGAACACACCAUCAGGAACUACCCAGCCACUGUGCAUGGGGCCCUGCUGAGCGGCCUUAGAGAGGCUGGACGCAUUGCUGACCAGUUCCUGGGUGCCAUGUACACCCUCCCGCGGCAGGCAACGCCCAAUGCCAACCCACAGCCUUCCCCAAGCAUCUGAGACAAGCAGACCUCCAACAUUGACCAACUGAUGACUCCUCACUGAGAGAGUGAAAAUGAGUGUGUGUGUGUGUGUGUUUGAGGCUCUGUUAUCCCUUUCACAACCUCCACAGUCAAACCGAGACAAUUGUGACUUCUAAGACCGGGAAUGCUUGGGUGAGUGUGUGUGUGUGUUUGUGUAUGUCUGGGUGUGUUGGGAAAAUAGUUUGCGUUCAGGCAGGUACAUGCUUCCAGUUAUUUCCAUUCACUGAGGCUAAUCUCUGGAUGUGAAUCAGGAAUGCAAAGGGAACUGUGAUGUGGGGCUUAAACCCUCUUGCUCUCCUGUGUCUGGCUGAGUCACUGCUGUUACUUCAGUACUAUGAAAUCACGUCGAUCCAAGUCAGAAGUGUCGUGUGUGUAUGAAAACACCAGCAGAUCAGCUGCACUUGCUACUCAUUUAUUUACUACUUCAAGCAGUGGCCUUUGUGUGCUGUAGCAUUAAAAACAUAGUGUAAUAACAUAAUGACUGGCUGAGCCUGACCUUUGUCUGACACACAGGUUUUGUGUCACAACAGUGUAAUAAAAGAGAUUACAAACUUUUCAAAAUUCAAACUGAUACAUAAACCAAACCUUUUUUUCAAGCCCAGUUCCACUCCAUGGACUCGAGUUUUGUGUUAGUUUGUUUGAUAUGAUGCUAGCUGCUGUCCUGCUGUGUAGGUCUUACUGCUUAUGCUCAUAUAGA